AAGUGCGUUGUUUACUGUUUGUGCUGACUGAUCGUAGAUCAAAGAUCGCGAGCUAUUAUGUAUCGUUUUAGCCGUACAAUCCUUCGCAACCAGUGUUCUUUUCUAUCCCGGAGUGACCCAGAACAAUGUUCGUUCCUUGGCAAAAGGUGCCUGUCGGCCACCGCACAGUCGAACCCAGAAGAGAAGGCCCAACCGGUGCCCACGGUCAACACUUCGUACAUGGCGAAUCUGUUCCGUGGCGAAAUCGAACCGCUGCAGGUGUUCCCGUUUCCAGACGCAUUGGACCAGGAGCAGAAGGACUUUGUUGGUUCACUGGUCGAUCCAGUGACCCGCUUUCUUGAAAGCCAUGAUCCGGUGAAGGCGGAAAAGAACGGUGGACCGGAUGAGGCCACAUUGCAGAGCAUGUGGGACAUGGGAAUGAUGGGCAUACAGGCCCCGGAGGAGUUUGGCGGUUUGGCUUUACCGAACACGGGCUACGCUCGCAUGGGUGAGCUGGUCGGUGCGGUCGAUCUCGGACUGGCCGUUGUGUUCGGGGCCCAUCAGAGCAUCGGAUGGAAAGGUGUGCUGCUGUACGGUACCGAGGAACAGAAACACAAAUACUUGCCCCAGGUAACAACCGGUGGAAAGAUGGCUGCUUUCUGUCUGACCGAACCGAGUUCGGGAUCCGAUGCAGGCUCGAUACGCAGUCGGGCGGUAAAGUCGGCUGACGGCAAACAUUACGUGCUGAAUGGAUCGAAAAUUUGGAUCAGUAACGGUGGAUUGGCCGAAAUAAUGACCGUUUUUGCGCAGACCGAAGUGGUCAACCCGAAGACGGGCCAGAAGCGGGACAAAGUGACGGCAUUCAUCGUCGAGCGUGGCUUCAGUGGGGUGACCAGUGGUCCAGCGGAGGAAAAGAUGGGUAUCAAAUGUUCGAACACGACCGAAGUGUACUUUGACGACGUGAAGAUUCCGGUCGGGAACAGGCUCGGCGAGGAAGGUCAAGGUUUUAAAGUAGCGAUGAACAUCCUGAACAAUGGACGCUUUGGCAUGUCGGGAACGUUGUCCGGAACGAUGGCGCACUGCAUCCGGAAGGCGGCGGAACAUGCGACGACUCGGAUACAGUUCGGGCAGCGAAUCGAAAGCUUUGGCAAUGUGCAGGAAAAAUUGGCCCGCAUGGCAAUGCACCACUACGUUAGCCAAUCGAUGGGAUACAUGAUCUCGGGCAACAUGGAUGCGGGAUACAAGGACUACCACCUGGAGGCGGCCAUCUCGAAGGUGUUUGCAUCGGAAGCCGCCUGGUACGUGUGCGAUGAGGCUAUUCAGAUCCUGGGCGGGAACGGGUACAUGAGCGCCGGUGGAUUGGAGAAGUUUCUGCGCGAUAUUCGCAUAUAUCGCAUUUUCGAAGGAGCAAACGAUGUGCUGCGGCUGUUUGUGGCACUCACCGGCAUCCAGUACGCCGGGUCGCACCUGAAGGAGUUGCAGCGCGCGUUCAAAAACCCAACCGCCAACCUGGGGCUGAUAUUCAUGGAGGGUUCUCGUCGUGCUGUGCGUAGUAUUGGUUACGGGGGCACAGAUUUGAGCUCCUUCGUAGCGGAACCGUUGCAAGAAUCGGCUGCCCUUUGCGCCGACAGCAUCGAUCGUUUCUCAAAGACGAUCGAAUCGGUGCUGAUCAAACACGGCAAAGGCAUCGUCGAUCAGCAGUUUCUGCUCAUCCGGUUGGCCGAUUCAGCAAUCGAUAUUUACGCCAUGUCCUGCGUGCUGUCGCGCGCUACCAAGGCACUUAAGGAAAAACUCCCCUCUGCCGAGCAUGAAGUGCUGAUGGCUAACGCUUGGUGUGUAGAGGCAAACGAUCGUGUAAGGACCAACAUUCGCCGGGUGCAUAGAGGAGUGUUUCUGAAGAACCAUGAAACGAUGAGCGCGAUUGCGAAGAAUGUUUGCUCGCGGCAGGGCGUCGUACAAUCCAAUCCGGUUGGAAUCGUUUAGGAUUGCGCUGGCCGGGUGUUCUAUAAUGUGAUAAAAAUUGUUAAUAAAGAGUG